CAUAGUGUGGAUUAAAAAUGUUGAAAUUAUUUUUUUUCUGUACAGUACUGUAUAAUAUAGGUAGCAAUGUAACGACCUUCAAUUUCGGCGAUAAGGGUGUUUGUAUGGAUUACAGUGGAAAUCUUGUAUGUUGCUUUGACCAUACGCUAGUCAAUGGGAAGUGUGUUGGAUGCACAAUUGGAUUCAGAUUUAAAGGUGGUUCAUGUAUGCCUUGUGAGACAAAUUGGUAUGGCAAAUUAUGUUUACAGACAUGUACCUGUGCAUUUAAUCAAAGGUGUGACAAUGUUCUAGGAUGUGUUAAUAAAACACUAUUUACUCAACCAGCGUCGUCGCAGUCAACAACUUCCAACACAGAGAAUUUUACACAAACAACAAAACCAAACUUGUCUGAAGAAUCGGAAAUAACAAACCCAACUUCAACGAAAAAAAGCAGCGAUGAGAAUUUUACACAAACAACAAAACCAAACUUGUCUGAAGAAUCGGAAAUAACAAACCCAACUUCAACGAAAAAAAGCAGCGAUGGGCUUCUAGACAGAGAAAUAGUUAUUUGUACCGUAGUUGUUGCUUGUAUUAUAGUAAUACUAGGCCUUAGUUAUUUAGUCCAGAAAUACAGAAAGAAAACAAAAAAAGAAUCAAUGGCUAAUACUGCACAGAGAACACAUUCAAUUAAGGCAAUUCUAUAGUUGAUUCAAACUAAGCAUAUACAGUCAUUGACACAUGCUUAAGAAUAGUGGAUAUGCUUUCACAGCCUGUUGUAAAGUAUAUGUUAGAUAUCAAUUUUACGUGAAGUUAAUAUGCUCUCCCCCACUAUUGUAAAAAAAAAGUGUUAUAUAAGACUUAUGUGAAGUUAAUAUGCUCUCAGCCUAUUGUAAAACAGAUGUGUUAUAUCAGUCUUAUGUGAAGUUAAUAUGCUCUUAGCCUAUUGUAAAGAAGAUGUCUCAUAUCAGUCUUAUGUGAAGUUUGUAUGCUCCCAGCCUAUUGUAAAGAAGUUGUGCAAUUUUAAUCUUAUGUGAAAUUAUAAUAUGCUCUCUAAGCUGAUUGUAAAGAAGAUGUGUUAUUUCAGUGUUAUGUGUCUCUUAGCUUAUUGUAAAAAAGAUGUGUUAUUUCAGUCUUAUGUGAAGUUAAUAUGCUAUCUCAGCAUGUUGUAAAGUAGAUGUGUUAUUUCAGCAUUUUGUGCACUUUUAUUAAGCUUUCAUGUUUUCACUGUUUUUUUUUCUUAAUGUAUUACCGACCGAAUCUAAGAUUUGGAACUUUUGACUUCCGUCUUGAUAUCUAGUUUCUUAAACCAGAAUUUAUGGCAUACAUCUUGGUGUUCAAAUUUGUAAUUGAUUUGUAAUUAUUUAAUUUAAGUACCCGUCUUUAUUGUGUAGUGUUAACAACGUAUAUCCCUGUAUUUGCAUAAAAUGUUCCUGCACAUUAAGUACCAGUCAUUGUAAGAAUCUGACAAUUUAGAAGAAUUUUGCAUAAAAGAUGUGUUAUUUCGGUCUUAUGUGAAGUUAAUAUGCUAUCUCAGCAUAUUGAAAAGUAGAUGUGUUAUUUCAGCAUUUUGUGCACUUUUAUAAAAUACAAUAGGCUGGGAGCAUACUAACUUCACAUAAGACUGAUAUGAGACAUCUUAAUAUGGUCAAAUAAAACGCCGCCGACCUAACCAUCCUAACAUCUUAUUUUGAAGUUACCCUCAUCCUGAGUUAGAAAUAUGGCAAAAAAAAAACGCCGACCUAACCAUCCUAUCAUCCUAUUUUGAAGUUACCCUCAUCCUGAGUUAGAAAUGGUAGAUCUUUUGUUUAUGCGUGUCUGGUAAUUCGUGAAAUCUCUAGAUAACUUUUGCUUAGAAUGAUAGCAAAUUAAGGAGUUAGCUCCCCUUAAUUAAUAAUUUUAAUGCAUUUCAACCAAAUCAUAUCUUGAAAUACCAGAACAGGAAAAGGAAACGAAUUUUAUAUUCCUGUAUCAUUAUACGUUUUGAACGUAAAUAAAUGUGGACUUGAACGGGUUUUUGUUUGUUAUGUUUUCACCACUGCCUGAUUCUUACAUUUUAUUAGGCAGAUUGGCACAUAAUAAAGAUAUAUUAUAUUA